AUGACACGAUCAAAAGCUCGUCUUGAUUUGGAAAGAAUGGGCAUACGAAGAGGUUUAUGGAUGAAUAGUGACAGUGAUAAAGCUAGAAGGGAUCAUUUUCCCGAUGGGUAUGCUUCUAAUAUCGCGCGUUGCGUGAAUGUUGACGGGCGUAAAUUUACUGGACUAAAGAGCCAUGACUGCCAUGUGUUUAUGCAACGCCUACUUUCUUUGGGUAUUCGACACCUUUUGCCUGAAGAUGUAGUGAAACCAAUCAUGCUUCUCGAAGAGCUGAAAAAAACCUGUACGCAACAGGGCGAUGCCCAAGGAUCAAUUAUAGAGGCUUGGGUUCAAUAUGAGUCACUUACUUUCUGUGGAAUGUAUUUAAAAGAUGUGGACACGGCUUUCAAUCGUCCUCGGCGCAAUAAUGACGGAGGUGUGAGAAAUGAGAAACUUUCUAUUUUUGCCCAAAGCGCACGACCUUUUGGAUAUCCUGGUCGAGGAGAGUCGUUUUCCAAAAAUGACAUAGAGGUAGCGCAUUGGUUCGUACUGAACAAUUGUGAUGAGAUAAUGGCAUACUUAGAUGAGCAUGAAGAGAUGAUGAAGCGAGAACAUCCAUCACAUUUGUAUGCCAAGAAACACCGUGAAUUGUUUCCACAAUGGUUUUUGGAAUAUGUGAAUAAGUUGAAAUCAUCAAAUUGCCCCACUUACAGUGACAUAUUGGGUGGAGUGUAA